CAUGAACAGAGUCCUCAGUCCAAAGCGGUUAAAAAUAACUUAGGGAGGAGAAUGGUAGAAAACGAAGACAACCAAGGAGAGCGCAUUCCGAAGGAUAUUGCUUCCCUCCCUCCUAUCUCUCUUCCCCACUCAUCCCCCAUCUCUCUCUGUGUGUGAAUGCGCUCUGAUGGAUUACGGCAGUAGGUGGGAGGAACCGCAGGCGGCGCCGCCGCCGCACCACCACCUCUACUACGCGCCGCCGCACGUCCACCCUGACAUGAUCCACCACCACCAGCAACCCCAGCCCCUUCCCCACUCCUCCUCCUCCGCUGCUGCCGCCGCAGCCUAUUACUACCCCAACCCUAACCCUAACCCUAACCGUUGCCCCACCCCCACCCACGACGCUCACCUCCCGUCCGUCGUUGGAACCGGAGCCCUCCGGCCCCCGGCGGCGGACAUCUACCCCCCUAACCCCUACGCCCCUCACGGGGGCUACCAUGGACUCCAUGCCGUGCCUUACUCUUACCCUGGGGCCGUUCCGCCAGCGGCGACGGCGGGGGUUGGUGCCCCGUCGCCGUAUUACUACGGUGGUGGAGGCGAGAAUCCGCAUAGCCUUGCGGCGAAGGCGGCCAUUCGGCAGUAUGGGUUCGAUCCCCAGAGCUAUGGACCGGUCCAAGCAAGCUCUUCCAAUGGAUUGGAGCCAACUGAUCCAACCCAGGUAAGACCUCCUCCACACUUGCACAGCAGGGCAUCACGUGUAACCUUAAAAAAAGCCAUGAAGAAGGGCUCGAAGAGGAGGACGACUAAGAUUGUGCAAUCAGCAUACUGUGAGGUCUGUAAGAUUGAGUGUAACACUCCAGAAGUUCUGAAGACCCACAAGCAAGGCAAAAAACACAAGAAGAAGUUGCAGAAGCUUCAGGAGUCUAUUACAGCAAAACCCACUAAAGCUCCAACAGCCACAGUGGUGAGGAAAGAAACCCCAGAUGCUGAUAAAAGCAAAGCUGGAGGUGAGAAAACAAAGAAGAAGGGAGCUCCAGCAACGGCAGAGGAGUUGGAGGCCAAAAAGAGGAGGGUUUUGGAAGGUGGGGCAGCUGCAGAGGGUGUUAAGGUGUGCUCUAUUUGCAAUGUUGUGGUCAAUAGUCAGGUGGUGUUUGAAUACCAUAUUGCAGGGCAAAAGCAUACUGCCGCAGUGAAAAAGCUGCAGGAAGAACAUCAAGCGACCGAUGCACCAGACAUAGUCAAGCAAUGACAUGGAUGGUUUCAAAAUACUUUUGUGCUCUCUUUAUAUAUUUCGUACAAAGAUUAGAAACCACAUACCGGUAUGUUUUUUGAGCUCAGAUUUGUCCAUUAUUUUUUGGUAUUAAAUUUGUUCAGCUUUUCUUUACGAUAUAUUUCAUCUUACUCAGUAUGGGGUAUGAGUUCAUGUU